UUGAUAAAUAUCAUUUUAGAUGAAAUCCGAACCGGAACUUACAAGCAGUUGUUCCAUCCUGAACAGCUAAUCACUGGCAAGGAAGAUGCAGCCAACAACUAUGCAAGAGGGCACUACACUAUCGGCAAAGAAAUCAUCGACCUGGUGUUGGAUCGAGUUCGCCGGCUGGCUGAUAACUGCUCUGGAUUGCAAGGAUUCCUCAUCUUCCAUUCCUUCGGCGGAGGUACCGGAUCAGGCUUCACUUCAUUAUUGAUGGAACGUCUAUCCGUUGAUUACGGAAAGAAGAGCAAGCUCGAGUUCUCUAUCUACCCAGCUCCUCAGGUUUCAACUGCUGUAGUAGAACCUUAUAACUCAAUUCUGACGACGCAUACCACUCUGGAGCACUCCGAUUGCGCUUUCAUGGUCGACAACGAGGCAAUAUACGAUAUUUGCCGUCGCAAUCUGGAUGUUGAGCGACCUAGUUACACUAACCUCAAUCGACUCAUAUCACAGGUGGUCUCUUCUAUAACUGCCUCUCUGAGGUUUGAUGGGGCCUUAAAUGUAGAUCUUACUGAGUUCCAAACUAAUCUUGUUCCGUAUCCUCGAAUACAUUUCCCUCUGGCGACAUACUCUCCCGUAAUAUCCUCUGAAAAGGCUUAUCACGAAACGUUAUCCGUCGGUGAUAUAACGAAUAUGUGCUUCGAACCCGCCAAUCAGAUGGUUAAGUGUGAUCCUCGUCAUGGAAAGUACAUGGCUGUUUGUAUUGACGAAGAAAAAUUGGAAACAUUGGAAGCGCAUGAAGUUCACAUGUUUUUGCUUCCAAAUGCAAAUGGAGUGCAGGCUCAGCAAAAGGACACCGCGUGUAACGUGCGAAGUAUCUCAGCGUCCUGUCCGCAUGGGCAAGAGAGCGGUGCCUUAAGAGAAUGUAUCUUGUUUCUGCGGAAUGAUAUUCUCACCAUUUUCAGGGGUGACGUUGUGCCGAAAGAUGUCAAUGCUUCAAUCGCUGCAAUCAAGACCAAGCGUUCAAUACAGUUUGUGGAUUGGUGCCCUACCGGUUUCAAGGUGAGUCCCUCACAAGACCUGUUAGCUCUCAGCUAGCU